AUGAAUGAAGACAGCAGAUUAUCAUCAUCACAACAACCGUCAACGUCGACACCUCGUUCAUCGAUUCCUUCGACUAUGAAUUCGGAUGAACCAAAUACGUGUCGCCGUCUUAGUCAGUCCCAGGAACAGCCAUCAACGUCCAGAACUUGCAAAAGUGAAACUCCAGAGUUUGGAUAUAGUGAUUCAUUGCCGUUCGCCCCAUGGCGAAGGAAACGGUACGGACUGAAUAUUCAAGGACUGCACGAGGAAAUUGUCGAUAUGUAUCAUUGGAUAAAACCGAACGAGAUAGAGUCGCGACUUCGAACGAAGGUCUUUGAGAAGGUCCGCGAUUCUGUGUUACGGCGAUGGAAACAGAAAACAAUAAAAAUCUCAAUGUUUGGAAGUCUUAGAACGAAUCUCUUCUUACCUACUUCGGAUAUUGACGUUCUCGUUGAAUGCGAUGAUUGGGUUGGAACACCUGGAGAUUGGCUUGCUGAAACAGCACGUGGACUUGAAGCGGACAAUAUUGCGGAGUCGGUGAUGGUCUAUGGAGGAGCAUUUGUGCCUAUUGUGAAAAUGGUGGAUAGAGAUACUCGAUUGAGCAUUGAUAUUUCAUUCAAUACAGUUCAAGGAGUACGAGCAGCUUCAUACAUUGCAAAGGUGAAAGAAGAGUUUCCAUUAAUAGAACCACUUGUUCUCCUGCUCAAACAAUUCCUUCAUUACCGUAAUCUCAAUCAAACAUUCACCGGAGGUCUAUCCUCCUAUGGACUCGUCCUUUUGCUCGUUAACUUUUUCCAGCUUUACGCCCUAAACAUGCGAAGUCGAACAAUUUACGACCGAGGAGUCAAUCUAGGACACUUAUUGCUUCGUUUCCUCGAGCUGUAUUCUUUAGAGUUCAACUUUGAAGAAAUGGGAAUAUCACCUGGACAAUGUUGCUAUAUUCCAAAGUCGGCUAGCGGAGCAAGAUACGGUCACAAGCAGGCUCAACCAGGGAAUCUAGCAUUGGAAGAUCCAUUACUUACUGCAAAUGAUGUCGGUAGAUCUACAUACAACUUUUCUUCAAUAGCCAAUGCCUUUGGGCAAGCUUUUCAAAUAUUACUUGUUGCCGUCACAUUACGCGAGCGAAAAGGGAAAAAUCAUGUGGCUAUGAGAGCUUACAAAGGAUCUCUUCUCCAUCUCAUUAUGCCAUUCACAUCAAAAGAGCUCACAUAUCGUAACUGGUUAAUGAGUGGUGUGUUAUCAAUGCCUGGCCAAGAAGCACCGGCAUCGUAUGACUUAAAUCAAUUGCAUAACACUUUGGUUUCUCCGAUGGUCGAUCUUUCACGAUACGCUUGGCUUAGAAAAGCACCAGCGAAGGCAGAAAAGCGGGAUUCUCGACCUCUGACGAUUGUAAAUCCAGCAGAUGAUCGUCAAACUCUUGCCCAACAGUUGAAGAAGCAGAUUCUGGAACAAACUGAAGCAAAGAAAUCGUUAGAAAAAAUGCCGGCUUGUGAUGACAACAAAAAAGAAGAGGAAUUGGUUGCAACAAGAGAAACUGAUGUUGAAUUGGAAGCAGAAGAUACUGAAUCAGAAGGUCAUCAUAAUGGUGAAAAUGAUUUGAUUCUUACUGGACCACCUCUACCAACGUCUACACAAUCCGUCAAUACAUCUGCCACAGUAUCUACUGCAGCGAGUAUUUCGGAGCGAGAAGACACUGAUUCACCAGGACUGUCUUCGUCAAUGGGAAAUCAAUCUUCAGAAGAAGAUGAGGAUAACGGAAUUAAUAAUCGAAACAAUUCUGCUGUUCCUGUUCAAUUCAAGAAACCCUUCAAUGAAGUUGUUGCCCAGCCAGCAAGAGAAUCGAAGAGAACGCAGACAACCAGUGAAGACAAGAUGCAAGAUCAAUUCCAUUUCAAUGGAUACUCAUAUCCUCCACCCUCACGAUAUGCAGCAGGUACCGCGGCACCAUCACACAAACAUCGUAAUGCGCACCCGCAACGGCAGCGUCCUUCAAUUCGUAAUCUUUCACAAGGCUCUGAUGGGUCAGAUGAAUACAAUGUUGAAUCAUGGAACAACAAUAUAAGACAAGGAAGAAGAGCCUCGUCGAAUUCACCAAGUCCAUCCAGACAGCAGACGAAUACUAGAAAUUGUGGACCCACUAAUAAUAUUCCCUACGAUUCAUUUCGCUCACAAAACAAGAAUUCGACGUUAGAUGGUUCGAAUAAUUCAUCAGAAGAGCCAAUAACAAUGUAUGCCGAUGUUGUUAAAAAGAAGUCUUCGAUUACAACAUCAACCAAUACUUCCACUGCAGAUGUCAACGUCACCAAUGGAAAUCCAAUACCCGCAAAUGGAAUAAUUCCACAAUCUAUGGCCGUGGUCAACGUUGGAAGAGGAUCCUAUAGAAAUGCUCUUACAACUUCCCCCAUGACGCCUCCAUCAGCACAUACUUCAAUGCAGAAGCAACAUCAUUUGCGUAAAGAUAACGAAUGUGGUUUCGACAACAACUCAGCCACUUCUUCUACUGAUUUAAGCCAUCAUCAACCACAAUUGGUUCCACCGGUGAAUCGUCUGCAGCGAUAGCGUAACUUUCAUGGAUGCAUUGUAUUUCCCUUCCCAUGUUUCUUGUUCUCAUACUGAUAACAGUUUUUUCACUCUCUUUCCCAUAAGUUUUCACAUAAUUCACUCUGUUUUCUCUCCCACACCCCCGUAUAGAUUCUCUUUUUGUCGUCCCCGUGUGUUAGUUUUCAAUUGAAAAAUCCCAGUAGAUACAAUAUACAAAAAAAGUUAUUAAAAGAAUUAUAUUCCCCUCACCUAACCAAUUUUGUUGUUUUCUUUUUUACGUUUUCCUACCCAUCAUUGUAUUCCCUUUAUAUUCUCGUUUAGAAACACUCCCUAUCAGAAAAUGCCCAAAAAUUGUUUUUCUUUCCAAAUUUUCGAACUCUCGCUGCUCAAGCUGCCCUUGUUUAUUUUUUUCUAUUUUCCAUAUAUUCCCCCGAGUUAAUAUCAUCUGAUUCAUCAUUGAUUAUUAUUUUUUAUUAUUAUUAUGACUUCCAUAUUCGCCCCCAAACAUACACGUCGUGCACUCGCUACAAAAAUUCCGGUAAUAUGUUUCUCGUCCAUUCUCAAAUAGCAACUUUUUCGCUUUGUUUUACUUACAUCUAGAAUGUCUUGAGAAUCAAUCCAUUUUAUUCACAUUUUGUUUACUUCCUUCGAAGACGAUUUUAGCCUGUUAGUAUGAUUCUCAAGAUAUUCUUAAAUUCCCUUUUACCUGUUCCCCACACACACGAGUUGCGAUACUUAUGUAAUAUUAUUGUCGUCAUCGAAGAUCAUGUAUAAUGGAACACAAUUCACAGUUUAAGAUUCCGUCCAUUCGUAGAAGUUCAAACGACUCUAGUGUACGGUAUCGAAAACAAUGAAGCGUGAUUGUAUGCGAUGUUCUGUCACGAUAAUGAGAUAAUAAUCGCUUUCUAAUAAUGUGCUAGGUGUUCUGGCUUGGAAAUAAUAAUAUCAGUUCUAAUUAUUAUGAACUGAUACUAUAAUUCCCAAACCGCUUUGUUCUUUCCCUCAUUUUUUCUAGUGUAUCAGAAUAUCAUUCAUUGGUCUUCAUGUUUUGUGUUCUUUCUCUCCCAGCUCUCUUAAUUCCAGGUCCUCUAUCGUGUAUUGGAACUGUAACACUUUCGGUUUUCGCGUCUUCGUCGUCGCUCCCCAAAAACGCACACUGAAUAAUCAAAUCGGGUUCUCUAUCAAUCAUCAUGCUCCUCUCUUCCGUUCAUUCUUUUCAUUUCCAUGAGCUCUUUCUUUCGGUUUUCAUUACUUCUUUGCCCUAAACAUUCACAAACACGCACACAUUCUUCAUUAGGUUUCGUUUUAUUUCCAACAUUCUUUCCUGCUCCGCCUUCACCCUUUGCCAAAAAAAUGGCUUUUAUUGAAGUAUUAUGUGUGUGCAAGUGUUUCUCUGUAAUUAUUUGAUGACUACCGCUUCUCUUAAAUAAAUAAUUCU